ACAUGUGUGCUAACUGUCCGGUCUGAGAGCAGCCCAGCGGCAGCAGGAGCAGCACUGCGGCUCCUCUGGGCGGACUCUUCCACUGUAACCACCGCCUCUUUCUCCAACUGCACUGGGACAGAUUUAUGCUUGAGCUUUUUAUUUAUGAGCACCAGUCCGCCCUCCGGGACCCCUCUAGGACGGUGUGACCGCGGAAAAGAAGUGUGAAGACGACAUGGGAAGCCCCGUGUACCCGAGAUGACCGACGGUUUGGUCAAAAUAAUCACGUCUUUUUGUCGCCAGAGAGGGAAACUUAAAACAGGGCUUGUUUUUGGAGUUCCACCUCCCCUCCUCUCUCCCCGUAGGAUUUGAUUCAAAGGCGAAAACCAAGAUGGCCGCCGAUUCCGUGCAGGGGGAUGCCAGGGGCCAGCUGGUGGCAGAGCGACUGGGUCUGGGACACAACCUGGACCUGUCUGACACCAUGGUCCAACAGAAGCUGGAUGAGAUCAAGGAGCAGAUCCGCCGCGAGAUCCGCAAGGAGCUGAAGAUCAAAGAGGGUGCAGAGAACCUGCGCAAGGUCACCACAGACAAGAAGAGCCUAGCUUACGUCGACAACAUGCUGAAAAAAUCUAAUAAGAAGGUUGAGGAGCUUCACCAGGAGCUGCAGGAGCUCAAUGCCCACAUUGUGGUCAAAGACCCAGAAGAACUGCUAGAGUGCCCUCUGACCCCAGAUACCCCUAACAGCGAAGCCAGAAUGUGCACAAGCAGCAGCCGCCUCGCCGCCCUGAAAAGACAGAACGACAUCGAGCUCAAGGUCAAACAGGGCGCCGAGAACAUGAUUCAGAUGUACUCCAACGGGCCCUCCAAGGAUCGUAAGUUGCUAGCAACAGCCCAGCAGAUGCUUCAAGACAGCAAGACGAAGAUUGAGUUUAUCAGGAUGCAGAUCCUCAAAGCCAGCCAGGCCAACGAGCUGAGCUUCGAGAACAAUGAUGUGAUGGAAAAGCCCAUCAUCAGCCCAUUAGACCUGCGGGUGGAGGAGUUGUGUCAUCACGCCAGGAUAGAGUCUGCUGUGGCCGAGGGAGCCAAGAACGUCAUGAAACUCCUGGGCUCAGGAAAAGUCACAGAAAAAAGGGCACAUUCAGAGGCUCAGGCUCGUUUUAAUGAGUCCAGUCAAAAACUCGACCUCCUGCGAUAUUCCCUGGAGCAACGCCUCAACGAGUUGCCUAAAAACCACCCCCGCAGCAGCAGCAUCAUAGAAGAGUUGUCCCUGCUCUCCUCACCGGUCCUCAGUCCCAGAUCCAGCAUCAUCUCCACACAGAACCAGUACAGCACCGUCACCAAGCCUGCUGCUCUCACAGGCACGUUAGAUGUCAGGCUCAUGGGCUGUCAGGACCUUCUGGAAAAUGUCCCGGGUCGUUCCAAAGCUGCAUCUGUCCCGCUGCCCGGCUGGAGCCCCAGCGAGACCCGCUCAUCCUUCAUCAGCCGAGCAAACCGAAACCGUGGCGUGAGCUCAAGGAACCUGACAAAGAGCGAGGAGCUCUCCAAUGAGAUCAGCGCAGUGUUGAAGCUGGACAACACGGUAGUCGGCCAGACAAGCUGGAGGCCGGUCAGCAACCAGGCCUGGGACCAGAAGUUUACACUGGAGCUGGACCGGUCUCGUGAGCUGGAGAUCUCAGUGUACUGGCGCGACUGGCGUUCGCUCUGCGCUGUCAAGUUCCUGCGGCUAGAGGACUUCCUGGACAACCAGCGUCAUGGGAUGUGUCUGUACCUAGAGCCACAGGGGAUGCUGUUUGCUGAGGUAACAUUUUUCAACCCUGUCAUUGAGAGACGACCAAAGUUGCAAAGACAAAAGAAGAUUUUCUCAAAGCAGCAAGGUAAAACCUUCCUGCGAGCCCCUCAGAUGAACAUCAACAUUGCAACCUGGGGCCGCCUGGUGAGACGAGCCAUACCAACUGUCAGCACCAACUCCUUCAGCCCACAGGCUGCUGAGACUGGACCCAGCAGUCUGCCUGGUUCACCCACACCUAGCAGUGACCCACUGGUGACCAAACUGGAUUUUGACAAAGAGCCGACCCCGGGACCCAAACACUACCCGACCCCAGAUGACAUACGAGAACCACUGGUGCAGGACAAGAUGCCAGACAAGGAGGAAGUACAGGACGCACUUGCCUCAUUCGACUUCUUGAACAAGAGAAACAGCAUGGCGCUGAAGCAAGACCUGGACGGAGUGGUGGAGCAGGAAAUCCAGCAUCCAGACCUGGAGCUCACCGCCAUCCAGAAAGACACAGAGAUAAGGGAAGAAGAGCAGUUCCACUUCAGUCUCCAAGACUUUAAAUGCGUGGCUGUCCUCGGACGUGGGCACUUUGGGAAGGUGUUGUUAGCAGAAUAUAAAAGCACAGGUGAAAUGUUCGCCAUCAAAGCUCUGAAGAAAGGAGACAUUGUGGCUCGUGAUGAGGUGGACAGUCUGAUGUGUGAGAAGAGGAUUUUCGAAACAGUCAACAGCGUCCGCCACCCGUUCCUGGUCAACCUGUUUGCGUGUUUCCAGACACAGGAGCAUGUUUGUUUUGUCAUGGAGUACGCGGCGGGAGGCGACCUCAUGAUGCACAUCCACGCCGAUGUUUUCUCUGAGCCCAGGGCCGUAUUUUAUGCAGCCUGUGUUGUACUGGGAUUACAGUUCUUACAUGACCAUAAGAUUGUGUACAGAGAUUUGAAGCUGGAUAACCUGCUCCUGGACACAGAGGGAUAUGUAAAGAUUGCUGACUUUGGACUUUGCAAAGAAGGAAUGGGUUUCAGGGAUCGCACCAGCACAUUUUGUGGCACGCCAGAGUUUUUAGCUCCUGAGGUUUUGACUGAAACGUCGUACACCCGUGCUGUGGACUGGUGGGGGCUGGGCGUCCUGAUCUUUGAGAUGCUGGUUGGAGAGUCGCCCUUCCCCGGUGAUGAUGAGGAGGAGGUGUUUGACAGUAUCGUCAACGAUGAAGUCCGCUACCCACGAUUCCUCUCGACCGAGGCCAUCUCCAUCAUGAGGAGGCUCUUGAGGAGGAGUCCAGAACGACGUCUGGGAGCAGGAGAAAGGGACGCAGAGGAGGUUAAGAAACAUCUAUUCUUCAGGCACAUGGAUUGGAACGGGCUGCUGGCCAAGAAGGUGAAGCCGCCGUUCGUGCCGACCAUCCAGGGCGCCAACGACGUCAGCAACUUCGACGAUGAAUUUACCUCAGAGGCUCCGAUCUUAACCCCGCCCAGGGAACCCCGAAUGCUGAGCUCUGAGGAGCAGAACAUGUUCUCUGACUUUGAUUACAUUGCUGACUGGUGUUAGCUUCACAUGACGCCCCUCUACAUACACACACUCUCACACACACACACACACACACACACACACACUGUGAACCAACCAGCACAGCAGUGACUGUAGCUCACAUCUUUUUAAAACUCUUCUCUUCCCCUGCCCAAAAUUUUGCGGAGGAGAAGUGGACGUGGCCCCCUCCACACCCACCCCGAGCCUUGGGGCAAAACUCUGUGCCAUUGAGAAGAAAGUUCAGACACCUCCUGAGGACCCCCACUUAUUUUUUAAUCCACAUGAAGAACUUUUUUUUAAAGAGAACAAAAGAAACUCUGUUGUUGGAGAGUGAAGGAGGAGGGAUGCUUUAUCCUCCUGCACACGUUGUUGUAGUCGUGUCCGUUGUCUGACCACUGAGAAUGUUUUUCAUAUGAACUCCGAGAAGACGGCAACAGAUCGUAAUCAUGUUAUUCAGUGUCACUGUCUUCUUUUUUUGAUCUGUACAGAUUAUAUUCAAUCGUAUAUUUUAUUGUGGGUUUUUUUUCUUCUUUAUUUGCAAAGCCCUCGCCACAGCUUAAGGACAUUUAUCUCACUGUAAAGUUUGACAUUUCUGCCACCGUCAUGUCUGAGACUGGCAUUCAGUGGAUUCAAAGUGCUCAAAGCAUCGUCGCUGAACGGUCAACUGCAACAAACAUCUUGACUACUACUGCUGCGUCUUGACUUGACAAAUCAAGUUAGAGUCCUCGCGCUACAUUUCCCUGUGUGUUGGGGCCCAGUCAUCGUCCACAGCCCAGUUUAACACCUGUUUGUUUCCUCAUGUGUGUAACUAUAGAACUCACAUGAUAAUAACUCUAAUAUAAAACAGUGGUGCAUUCAGUGCUACAUAAGCUGUUUACUGAAUUAUCAGGACUUAGUUUUAUUUGGAGGAUUCUUAUUGGAAAUGAUAAUUACAGAUGCCUUUUGGCCAGAACAAAGUAUUUUUUAUUAUUCUCUGAUGCCCUCUAGUGGCUCUGUAGCUUGAGGUUGAUAUUCAGCUGAACUCAGUUCUACAUAGGAUUAGUGUCUUUUUAAGCAAUAAAAUCAAAACUCAAUAUUAAAUUGAUUAUUUUUGUCAGAGCUGAGUUCAGUUGGAUUUUAAUUCCUGUUUUUGGAUCGUCAUUCCUCAGCGAACGGACGGUUGCGGUGGACCUGACAACAUUUUUCUCGUUACCUCAGUGAAAAGUGAAAACACUAAAGCGAGUCACAGCGUUGCAGCUACACGACCAAAUUGAUCCUGUCCUUCUUGAAGCAGCAAAUGAAAACAACUCCAGUGGUUAAAAGAACAUUUGAUUGAUGGACUGAAACUGAACCCAAUGACAGAUGAACUAAAGAUGUGUUGUGCAAAAAUCCAGAAGACAAGUGCUGAGCUUUUUCUUUUUUUUUUUUUUAAUUUUAUUUUAUUUUAUUUUUUUGGGGGGGUGGGAGGGGAUAAGGUAUUAAACUCAGUUAUUUUAGGUCUCUGUCAAAACGCCCUUUAAAUGCUCCCCACACUGUUCUGUGAUGUUUGGAGCUGGAGCAGUGAACCCAGCAGGCGACUUUCUGUCAGUUUGCAUGUUAAAUAUAAACUGACCCAAGUGUUGCAGACCUGUUGUUAUGAAUCACUACAGGGGAGGGCAGGGUAUAUUAUAUAUACAUACUGUAUGUACACAAUUAAGCUGAAAGCACUAAUUUUAUCAAUAGUUUUAAUUAUCUACGUUUCUUAAUAAUGAAAAUAGAUUGUACAAAGUUUUUUGUUUUGUUUUUUUAUUCUUUGCUUGUGCAUGUUGUCGCCAGAACAGAUGAAAACUUUAUGGAUGGUACACCCAUACUCAAAUCAAACUGUUUCUGUUCACUCCAGUGUAAAAACAACAAAAAGGCAUUUCUGCAGGCGUUGUUUCCUAUCAUGAAUGCACAAAUUAAACAUUUGUAAUAGUGGGUUUGCUUUUAUUUGUAGCUCCAACACUGAGCACAUCCUUAGCUUACUUUGGGUAUUUAAAAUUUGACCUUUGAUCUGACGUCGUGAUGUGUUCGCAAAGAUGUUGUGGACUUUUAUUUGAAGACAUUUAAACUAUAAAAGUGUGUAAGUCGAAGGUUUUAUGUAAACAAAUGGUCAUUCAAACCAUGAGCAGAUUACCGUGCUUUAAUGAAAAUCUUUUAUUGUUUUUUAAAUUACUUAGAACAAUUCAAACAAACUAACAAAAUAGAACCUGCUCAUUUUUCUACAAAAACAAAGUUUUAUGUUUACAGUAUGAAACCAGCCUAAAAUUUGCAAGCAUCAAUUACACUUUCCCACUUGGACAUAUAUACAUGAUACAGUAUAUACACUCAAAUGAAAUACUGUAAGUACAGUCUGCAAGCUGUUUCUUUAAGCACUGGAAUGUGUCCGUUUUAUUCCUGUGAGAGCGCCUUGAUAAAGGCUUGAAGUCAUAGAUGAGAAAUUUUCCAAAUUCAACACAAAUAUGAUUUUUUUUU